CGGUAGUCGAUGCAGAGACGAAGAGUUCCAUCCGCUUUGCGAACAAAGAGGACGGGUGCACCCCAAGGGGAGUUGCUGGGUUUAAUGAAACCCAGUCUCAGGAGCUCCUCAAGCUGACGCUUGAGUUCGGUGGCCUCCGGGAUUGAGAGUCUGUAGGGUGCCUGGUGGUGAACACGAUAGUCAGGCACGAGCUGAAUGGAGUGUUCGACGUCGCGCAUCGGUGGGAUGCCGGCGUACGAGAACGACGAUGGGAAAACGUCAUGGUACUCACAGCUGAGGUCACGAACUGCGGGCUCCAAGUCAGCCGUAUAUCGUGCGAGUUCCUCAGCGUCAGCGUCAGCGCGCGACGGCGGGGUGGACUCGACGGACGGCGGAGGGAUGGAAGUAGAGAUGGGAGCCAUGGAGAUAGAGGGAGGAUCUGGCUCCAGAGGGAAGAGCUCGACGUCGGGACAGGGUGGAUCAUAGUGUAAGAGAUCCGUCACGCCCACCAUAAAGAAGGUGACGUCGUCCUGUCGAAUGAAGUGAGCGAACUGUC